AUGCUUGAAGCGGUUGCUUCAUAUGAUUUGUGGAUCUGGCAUGCUUACUUUGGCCCUGCUGCUUCGAACAACAACAUCAACGUCCUCAACGAGUCAGAUUUGUUCGACGAUUUACUUCACGACAGGGCUCCAAAAUCUUUCAAUUGCCCAAUGGACCCGACAACCUCCAAGUUCAAGAGGUACCAAGAAGCUGUAAGGAAGGAUGUCGAGCAAGCAUUCGGGGUUCUUCAAGGUCGUUGGCAGAUUGUUGAGCAACAAGCCCGGGCCUAUAGUGUGAACAAGAUAAAACGUAUCAUGUUAUAUUGUGUGAUUCUGCACAACAUGAUCGUUGAAGAUAACGGGCGCGCAAUCACAGCGUUUGAAGAAGAGUUGAUAGCUAAUACUGUGCUCCCAACUCGCACGUGGGAUGAAAGGUGUUCAACACAGCUUCGUAUGUACGGGAGUUGCGUGAUAGAAGGAGUCAUCAUGAACUCCGCAAUGCUCUGA